GGCGGUGGCGCCAGGAUGUCCAUCGGCCCGCCGCCGCCCGCCAUCCCCAGGGAGCUGUUGCUGCGCACCCAGACCUUCCCACCACCCGGCGGCGUCGCUGCCGGCGGCGGCCUGGGCAACCGCAAGUCUCUACAUCCCGGCGUGCAGGGGCAGCAGCUGCAGCCACUCAUGGUGCCGAACGUGCCGCAGCAACAACAACAACAGACCCCGGAACAGAAGCAGCAGCAGCUCGUCACGGUGUCGCGGCGCUCCCUGAUCGUCCCGCCCCUGCCGUCGCCAUCAUCGUCGUCGUCAGCGCCAUCAUCGUCGCGGCCAGUGUCCAGCCUCCGGGUAGCGGCACCGCCCGGGGCGGCGGCGGCGGCGGCGGCGGCGCUCAAGGAAGGCGGCGGCGGGCUGGCGGUCGGGCAGCAGAUGGCCAAGAUGCUCGUCGUGUGCUGCGGCUGCGCCUUCUUCCAGGACAUGCCCAGCUGCGUCUACGAGUGCAUGGCCAACCCGGACGCCGUCGUCGAGGACCGCGCCAUCGGCAUCAGCGGCGCCAUCACCACCUCGGUCAAGUGCUGCUGGUGCGGCCACAACAUGAGCACCGCCUGCUGCGCCGGCUUCACCGCCAUCGUGCACCUGACACAGAAGCUGCACUGAGGGGGAGGUGGCGUCUCGGUUGUCCAAAAUUUCUCUCCUUUUUUUUAUUGCCUUCCUCGUCAGCGGUCCAUUUCCUUUGCCCCAAUGCGCUCUCUCUCGCCUUCGUCAUGAUUUCCCCAAUUGUUCUCUAAUCUCUAUACCCUUCUAUCCUGUCCUUGAUCCCCAUCCUUCUUCCCCCGCUGUCGGGUCCCGAACUGGCCUUUGGCUUUUCUUCGCAAUGGAUAUUUAGCCUUGCCUUUGCGUAUGUCUGGACUGGUGCUCUCAACGACUCUCCCUGACAACACGCCACCCCCAAAAAAAAGUUUCCUUUUUACGUCUGGGUUUUCUCUUUACAACGAAGGACUGGAUUCGAGGAAUAGUAAUCAGUGGGAGUGGUCAAUGCAAAGGAGUAAUCAAAGAGAUGCGGUUUAUCGUAUUUACCAGGCCAGUAACCCUAGCGAUGCCUUUU